AUGUCUCUCAUCACAGCUCUUCAAAACUUGGUUAACACCAUUGCUGUGUCAUUUGAUGUCUUAAAGCAAGGAUCUGUAAAUAUAAACCAAUGUCAACGGUGUAACCAUACUUGUCUUGAUACAAUUAAGUACUUCAAUACCAUCCUCCAAGAUCCACAGACUACUGUGCAGGUACGGCGAAGUAUUCAAGCUCACAUAGCAAAUUUGAACUGGUAUGCUGUUCAGUUUCUACGACUGGGUGUAGUUGUUGGUGGAGACCCAAAUCCUCGUCGCAUUAAAUGCCAAGAUUUAGAGAAUGCCUUUACAAAUAACAUCAAGACGGGUUGCAUCAUCAAUCUAACUCAUACAGAUCCCAGCGCAUUCUUCGAAGAUUCACGUGGAAUAGUUAUAGAGAAGGUUGAUACCAUGUUAAGAGAAGUAGCAGGUCUCAAAGUCAGCGUUGAAUGGUUCUGUAAAUUUAAAAAUUGA